AUGGCACAGAUGUGGUUGAGAUCUAUUGAGACUGUAUUUGGGUUGACCAACUGCCCUGAGGCCCAUAGGGUGGAGUGUGCUAUGUUUAUACUGCGUGAGGAUGCGGAAUUGUGGUGGCAGGCCACCCUUGACAUUAUUAUUCAUGAGGGAGGUGCAGUCUCGUGGGCAGAAUUCAAGAGUGUCUUUAUUGAAGAAUAUUAUCCAGAGGAUGUUCAGCUGCGAAAACAACAGCGAUUUGCCCCAGAGUUGGUGAACACAGACUACCGGACAACAAGACGAUUUGUGCUGGGGUUAGACACGAAGAUUCGUAACAUUGUUGAGGCGAUUGCGCCUACCACUUACACUACCACCAUGAGAGCAACUAAGUCUAUGGAAGGACCUGAUAGUUCGUGUAAACCCCCUUCAUCGUCAGUGGGACAAAAGCGUUGUCCCGAACAUGAAAAUAAAUUAGACGACAAACCUAAGUGUAAUAAGCGUGGGAAAAAUCACUGGAGUCAAUGUUUAAGUCACAUUAGGGCCUGUUUUCGGUGUGGAAAGGAGGACCACAUGGUCAAGGAUUGCUCGGGAGGUGGCACAAAGGAUUCUAGAAACUAG